AUUCAAGAUGGCAGACUCACCUCACAUAUCAUGUGGCAGAGACUUCUUUUCUGUGCCAGAUUUAUCUCAAGCGCUGAGCUCUAGCGCGUCAGAUAAGUAAGCAAGUUUUUCUAUUGUUGUUUGUGUUUACUGUAGUGAGAAAUUUGAAAGUUGAUUGCUUUUGUGAAAGAGUUGAGAGCACAUUUUGUGUGCAGAGGAGUGACCAGUGAAUGAAUGAAAUACUUUAUAGCCUUUAUAGGUUGUGUGAAUGAUAAAUAUAGUACUUUGCUUAUUUCAGUUCUGUUAGGAGCUAAGGAAUAUACUGUGAAACCACGCCAUACGACCACCUUGUUAAUACAACAGCCCCGAUAAUACAACCACUUUUCAGAACAACACCUAAGUUUAAAUUUUUGUCAAGAUCUGAAGACCCUGUUAAUACGACCACCUCCAUAGCUGAAUUCAUAUUAGAAGACGGAUUUCCGUCUAAGACGGGAAACUCGUGUGACUGAUUUCCGUCUGGUAUAAGUAUGAAAUGAAAACCAUCGGAUGGAUAAACCCGAAAAAAUAGGAGACCCUCCAUCCCAGUCUCUUUUAAACGUUACGAGCAGAAACCCAUCUUGAUUUAUUCGUCUGAUAUAAGACGGAUUUCCGUCUAAGACGAGAAACUCGUCUAACUUUCCCGUCGUUCAGACGGGAAAGUUAGACGGAAAAGUUGAGACGGAAAACCUGCUGUUAACUGAAUUUAUAUCAAGACAAGUUUAUUGGUUUCCUGUCUUAGACGGAAAUCCAUCUUCUAAUAUGAAUUCAGCUAUUAAUACGCCCACCUUUUGAUGUCCCCAACUCUUCAAUAUGAUCACUUAAAUACAAAAUAAUGCCCUGUUGGUCAUUUAUGUAGUGAAGAUAAGCAUAAUUUAACAUAUCAUAGUGAAACAAUUGAACAGUAAAUUGGAUUAAAAGAAAAGUGUAAACUUGACAAGUGUUUUUCAAAUAUGUUAAAAAACAUUUACAGCACAGAUGUAAAAAAAACAUCCAUGCCGUAAUUUGAUCCGUAAUUUGAUCCAAUAGGCCAGGAAAUUAUAUAUGAAGUAACAAAUUUUACAUUUAGAUUUCAUUUUAUCUGUCUGCCAAUUGCCCACCCGAGAUUCAAGCGAGAGUAUAUUAAACCAGUAUGUUUGAGAAGUCGACCAUUUACCAGGUCGGACUUGCUUCUUCCAAGUCAAGGUAAGGUUACAAAUUCCUCAUAAUGAAAUAGCUUUUUACUUUACCAAAAGUAAAAUGAAAUUAGGUCUGUUAAUAGUAUGGGAUUGGAGAGUUUGAAAAUGCACCAGAGAGAUCAAAUAGGUCAUUCAUACAUAACAUGCCAUUCACAUAACAUGCCAUAACAUGCCAUUUGCUUGAUAUUCCACAUGUUUUCUUGCAUCUAGCAUCUUACAAACCAAACCCUUGUAUGUUUUUUCAACUAAACUAUUUGUUUCAUUAUUUACCAAAGACUGGAAUACAUUAGUUGUUGGCAAGGUGUCACCAUGGAUCAAUACAGACUCCAACGAUGAUGUAGAAAGAAAAAAUUCUGAGCAAGUAUGUUGCUUGAAAUGAUGUAAACAGAUUUUUAUGUGUGAAGCAUUAUAAUUCUUUUAUAGCCAAGCUAUGUACUUGUCUUAAUUUUUUUAUGUAAUAUGGUCCUAAAAUAUUGUGUGAUCAGAUACAGUCCAAAUUUGAAAUUUUAUACAUUUUCAAUAAGUACAUCCAGUUAGAUACUAGCAAGUUGAAAUUUGGGAUCUAUUAGAUCUGUGCAGUUCCAGAAUUUUUAUCCCAGUUCCGAUUUUGUUCUUUUGAGGGUUGAAUGACCUUGGUUUGGUAUCGGUUUUGGUAUUUUUGGAAUAAGAACAAUUCCAAGCAUUUGCUCAAUAAAUUUUAAAAUAUGACAUGUCUUUGUUUGCUCUCAGAAUGAAAAUAAAAAAAUCUUUCUUUGGCACACAUUUUGAUGAGCAAUCUAGUAUCUAUCCACAAAAUCUAGUAUCCCAUCCUAGAAAUGACAAGGGCACAAAGUUUGACAAAUUAAGAAACAAACAGUGGAAAUAUCACAGACUGCACUUCCUAGCCACCACCAUGUGCCCAGUUUAUAGACUUGCUGUUGUUUCAUGGCUGACCCACUGGGCAGGGAUUGAUCCAGCAUGAUCUGAUAGGGGGUGCUCUGCCGGCUCUGGUGCCGAGUUGUGUCGGUCAUGUGUGCUGCCCGUCCAUCAACUUGCUUCACUACUGCAAAGUCUUGCUUGACGACUGUAUUUGAAUUGUAAUUGUUGUUCACAGUUUGCUUAUCAUCACAUUAUUACUCAAAUUACUAUAUCUCAUUUUGUCUCUAAUAUUUUUUUGCUUUAUCAUGAAAAAUAGCACCCCUCCCCUGCACCCCCUCUGGCCAGGCUAGGUGGUGUACACCCCCCUCCCCCCCAGUAAAUCCAUCCCUGCCACUGGGUGAAGACAUGUACACAGUUGUACCUAUUUUUUCCUUUUUAUCCAGGCUUUAUUGCAGGAGAUUGCUUAUGCAGUUCAUCUUGGCUUGCCAGCAAUCAUGGUUAACCUUACCAAGCAACCAUGUACCAAUCUUGCUGCACUUAUUAAUGGAAUUUGCUUUGACUCACAUGUUCAACAGGUUAAAAGCUUUUCUUGAUUUUGAAAUUGUUAUAGAGACCGUUGCAAUGUAAUGGGGAGUGUAAGGCCAUGCUUAUUUAUUUGUUGGAUUGUGGAUGUCUCGACCUGUGUGCAUACUGUAUAAAUGCUGCCCAUUAGACCUUUUCAUCCAGACUUCUGCAAUAUCUUUUAAUUUACUUAGUUUUGGAUUCGAGUUCCAAUGCAAUCCCCAGCAAAUGAAAUAGAUAACUCAUUAUUCGAAGACGGCAAUAAACAACAAGUAAGGAAAAUGUUUUGUAAAGCCUUCACUCUGCUGAUUUUCAAACAAAACAUGAUAAUAUAUUGGAAAAUACAUUGCAAAAUAUUGCCCCAUAGUAUGUUGUGAUUCGUUAUGAUUUUAAUUUUGUUUGUAGACGAAUUGUGAAGUAAAUAAUGAUACUUGGGAAUGGUAUGUUGGAAUUAAAAUUAAAUGUUAUUUCUCAUGAGAAAAAAUGCGAAAGUUUGAAUGCUUUUGGAGCUUAAGCAGGGUUCGUAGAGCGGUCUUUGAAAUACUUGAAAGUCUUUAAAUUUGAAUUCAGGUUUUAAGGUUUUUGAAAAGUCUUUGAAAAGUCUUUGAAUUGUGUGAAAAAGCGAAGAAAGUCUUUAAAAAUCUUGAAAUUCUUUAGUGCGGAGUAUUUGAUUAUACGAUUUCCUAGCUAAUAAAAUAGAUUGAUUGAAGCAAUUUUUCGCAAAUAUCGACGAAAAGGUGCAUUUUAGGAUGUGAUUUGACGGGACUAAUUACCAGGUAAAAAUGGUGCUUACAGUCGCAAUUUUUCGACAGCUGAUUGCUCUCAAAGGUCUUUGAAAAGUCUUUGAAAAUAGGCGGAAAAAAUCUUUGAAAGUCUUUGAAUAUUUUUGGUCUUGGAGACUACGAACCCUGUUAAACUAUUGAGGGUUUGGUCAACACGGAUGCAGUGGUGCCUAAAUUACUUUGAAUUUGUACUCGAGUAAAAGUAGAAGUAAUUAACAAUAAAACAACUUGAGUAAGAGUAAAAAAUACUGGAAGCAAAACGUACUUAUUUAAUAAGUAAAAAGUACAAAGUAAAAGUACUAUUGUCUGUACCGUGUAAGGGGGGGAGGGGGGACUUCUCCAAUGGAUUAACAUACAAAAGACACAAAACAGCACACACAUUAUAUGCGUGCACCGAAUAUACAAUAUUUCACAGCAUGGUCUACUUUCCAGACCCCGUUGAAGAGAGAAGAAAUCCAAUAAUGCUUAUAUAAGUAAGCCAAAAAAACAAGAGAACCCAGAUGCGUGUAGAGGUCCUAUUACCUAUCCCAAAAUUAAAAUAAAUCAGAAAUAAUUACGUAAAAUUAAACAAAAGUUAGAAAGUGACGAAAUACUUCGCCACAAAAUGAAAAUAACGAAGUAAAACGUUACUUCUUAAAACGACUUCGUUCCAAGUGAAAGUAUACUCCAGAAAAAGUUUACUUUGUUACAUGCUGACUUCUCAAAAAUAGUACUCAAGUACAGUAACGAAGUACAUUUACUUCGUUACUCAACACUACUGCACGGAUGUCAGAUUGCCGAGGGACUGACUGGAUUACAGACUUUGUUUGUGUCAGUUUGUGGUAAUCUUAAACACAUACAGUAAAACAUAAGAUUUUUAAAGUUUUUUUGCUUCCUUACACGAGUGCUAUGAUGCAAAAUGCGGCCAAAAUUAACUAUACCAAUUUUCGGCUGACGUCUGUGUUGACAUAAACGUUGCUUGUUUAAAAUUAAAUUAAGCUCACUAAUGUCUUCUUGUACAUUUAGGUGGAACUCAUUUAGAACAUUAUGUCAUAACACGAGAAAAGUUGGUCUAGGUAAGAAUAUCUUGCUCACAAGCAGAAUAGAAUUCACAUUUAUAUAUGUGUACUAAACUAACCAGCCUAAUGCUUGUUGAAAAAACCCAACAGCUUUAGAAAUUGGCAAGGAGUUACCAACACCACGGGAAGUGAAGAGGUGGCUUGGUGAACCAAUAAGAACACUGAUUAUACCGACGAAAAUAUUCCUUUCAAACAAGAAAGGUAAGAAAAUGUCAGAACAGUUGGGUAUCAUCAAGUACUGUGGUAUCAUGCAAGAAAGUGGGGAAGUUUCAAUGAUAGCUCAAAGUGAAAAUUUGAAUUUUUUGGUUACUUGGAGUCUACACUUCGUAAGAAAGUUUUUCUGUAAAAUUGAAACAGUGAUAGCCAUUCAUCUCUGUGUCAAAUACCCUUUUAAUUCAAUGUUUUGAAAGAAACUUUGUAGUAAUUGUAUAUAAUGAAGGGCAAAGGUGGAUGAGUUGCAUGUACAGUCAUAAUUCAUUAAUACACUGAUUAUUCCUAUAAAUUGUUCAUACCUGCCUGUCUCGUAAAGCUUACAGAAAUCCAUUGCCAAAACAAUUGUCCAAAAUUUUAAAAAUGUGUUUGAAAUGUUUCAUAUCUAUAGGAUACCCUGUUUUAUCACGACCACACCAACAAUUUAUAAUACAGCUGUUUAAGGUAGGUCAAUGUCCAUUUUGAAAAUUUUUGAAAAUUGGAAACGCUAAUUGUCCUAAUUGACAUAAUGUGUUAUAAAAACAGCGUGAUAUAUAUGUCUUUUGUUUUAGUUUAAUGUUCAAUUCGUUAUUUCUGGAUCAAACAAAAUGCUUGACAAAGGAAUGGCUACAUAUUAUCAGUAUCUUGAUCACCUCUAUAUAGUACGUAUGUCAAGUUAAUAUUCGUUCAGGUUUCUGUUGCAGAUCUGCGAAUAAAUUGUAACAACGUUGUUGUCAAGCCGAUAUCAGGAUGCGUUUGCUUACGUUCCCAAUUGUUUUGACAAGUCUGGAACAAGCUGUCAUCACCUUGUUACAAGGUUGAUGAAUGAUGACGUAACCGACGUGAUACAAAUUGUUCCAACAAGACUAAUACAGGCUGUUCGUAACAAGUUGCUACGAACUUGUUGUCAUCAACUUGUAACGCGCAGACGAUAUCAGACUUGUUGGAACAACUUGUUGCGAUUCCGUUGGCCUCAACAACUGGGAACAAGCAGUGCGAACAUAUCUUGUUGACAAGCUGUGAAAUCUUUACACGUGUAUGCGGUUACUUGCGUGACGUUUAAGUUUGUAUCAGUGAACUCCAUGUCUUUUAUAAAGAGGCGAAGUUAAAAUAAUUCUUUUUCUUCAGACAAAACCACCUCUGGAUUGCUAUGGUCAAUUCUCAAAAGGCUAUGAAGAUUAUUUACAAUGCCCUUUACAGGUGCAAUACAAUACAUGUCAAUGAAUUACACUAAAGAGAACCUAUUCGAAGAUAUCUUCCAAAUCCAUCACUCGUGUUAAACCCGUGUUAAUUUAACUCCUUCGUGGAGUUAAAUUAGGGAGCGGUCAUUAUUUAUGGCAGGGGGUGGCCCCGAAGAGAAAAGGGUUUGGUAAACAAAAUUUUGAGUGAGUAAAACGUUGGGUAAAUGAAAAAGAAAACAACUCUAGAGUUGGGUAAUAAAAAUUUAUUGUAAUUUCCAAAGCAUGACUCACUGAAAUAUUGGAGACUAAAAAGCAAUGUCAACAGUCAUAUGUCAAUACAAUACGUGAAUUAAUCAGAGUCAUUAUCUUGACCAUUUUCCGAUUUGUUGGGGGACAAAUGUUGUCUCCAAAGAAAGUACAUGGGCAGACAACAUGAAACUUUAGACUGUGGAAAAUUUCACAGAAGUGGUAAAGGACAUGUGUCACAACUGAAUGGUAUCCUUUUGUAAAGUUUUGUAAAGCCAGGGGUGGGUAUUUAUUUUUUAAUUGAUAUUUGAGGUUGGGUAAUCAAAUUUUUGACUUUUUAAUGGUUGGGUCAGCAAAAAUUUUGCCACGAAAAACAUUUCUCUUCGGUGCCACCCCCAGACAUCAAUAAUGACCGGCCCCUUAGGGCUUAUCUGGCGCAGUCUCAGAGCAAGUGCCUUUCCUAUGCAAGAUCAUGAGUUCGAUUCUCUCUGCGGACUCAUGACACUUUGAGAAAAGAGUCAGUGAACGCUCUACGGAAAAUCGUGGUUUUUCUCAGGUACUCGGGUUUCUUUCCACAGGGCAUGUUUACAUGAUGGGUUGGCCCUAAUUGGAUAAGCCCCUAACUAACCCUUGCACCGUAGCUGUACUCCGUGAUCAGACAUGAAUCAUAAGGUGACUGCAAGAGGCGCCUUCAGGAAGCCUUCGACUCUACCAGGUUGAGCUGCGUCCUUAUCCAGCUUAGGUCUCAGUACGGAUGGUUAGCACACCGCCACUUACUAUGUAUCACUCUUACUUUUAGCCACUCAUGGACAAUCUUGAAUCACAAACUUACGAAGUGUUUGAAAAAGACCCAGUCAAAUACAACCAAUAUCAAGAGGUAUUUACAGUAAAUAUCAACAAUAUCAGCUUCCUUCUCGUGUAAUUCAUUGUGCUAUUGAUGGUAUUGUUUCAGGCUGUUCGUCGAGCAUUAGUAGACAGAGUACCGGAGGACAAAAAAGAUUCCGUAACAACGUAAGUUCGUUUGAAUCAUGAGCGGAUUUACUGGGGGGUUUAGGGCGGUUAACCCUCCCCGCCCCCCCCCCUAGAAUCUCUCUAAUCACUCUUAUAAAGUGUUCAACCCCACCGAAGUUUACCCCUCCUAUUUUGUGUGAAAGUCUUUAACCCUAACGCCUAACACCUACCGAAACUCGCUCAGUGGUACCGCUUGCACCCCACUAGAAAUUUUUCCACCCCCUCCUUUAAAAAAAAAUGAAAAUCCGCCUUUGGUUUGAAUGAUGGGUAAAUAUUAUUAUAUACCAAGUGUCAAGGUUCAUGUUUUCUUGCAUCUCAUUGAAUGAGAACCAACUAUAUGUAUACAUUUUUUGUUAAUUACGUCAUGAAUAUUUCUUUAACCUGGGAGCCUCGCUCUCAUGAAUCAAGACAAAAGGUGAUUGGCUUAUGAUUCAUGGGAAUGAGGCUGCCGUGCCAAGGAGAUAUUUAUGACGUAAUUAUAAUUUCUUUCGCUUCAGUAUUUUAAUGGUGGUUGGCGCGGGUCGUGGUCCAUUAGUGAGAGCGUCGUUCGCUGCGAGUCAAGCCUGUGGUCGCGGUAUUAAAGUCUACGCUAUUGAGAAGAAUCCGAACGCGAUUGUAACGUAUGUUUGUGUGUUUAUUUUAAUCGAAAAUCGAGAAACAAACGAGCGAAAGAACGAGUGUGGGAGAAACUAGCAUGGGUACGAGGUUGGCCCAGGGCCAGAUCUACCGUGGGGGUGCAGGGGGGGGGGUGCGCACCCACCUAGAGAAGUCCAGCACCACCCUAAAAACUGCUCUCAUACAUGUUUUGCCUUUACGAAUAGCGGUUAGCGCGUGUCGAUUUCUUGAAACGAUUUAAUUGAUGUGUGAGCUCACGAGAAAAUACUCAGAAUUAAAUAUAUGGUUAAAUAUACAAACAUGUCGAGGUUGUUAUACAGACAUAUUUUCAAAUGUACUGUACUUUAACAAGCACAUUUACUGUACUCUGCUACAGCAACUGUCCAGUUAACAAAACAACGUUUUCUGUGUUUUUAGAUUACUAACAUUGAAACAGGAGGAAUGGGGUGAUAAAGUCACAGUCGUAUCAUCUGAUAUGAGAGAUUGGACGGCUCCUGAAAAAGUAAAAACUUGAUUAGUCUGUGGUUGCACAAAAAUACCAGGGGUAAUACCUUAUUCCUUGUUUUGACAGGCGGACAUCCUUGUCAGUGAGUUGCUGGGAUCGUUCGGAGACAAUGAACUUUCACCAGAAUGCUUGGAUGGCGCUCAACGAUAUUUAAAAGGUAUUUUAAAAAUGACUGCAUGUCGACAAUGCUGUUGAAAUAAUAUAAUUUGAAAACGUUUUAAGAAAACAUUUCGCCCAUACAUUUUGACGAAUUUUUAUCGUAUAAAUACCUUCUUCUAUAUUCUGUAGAUGAUGGUAUUUCAAUCCCAGAAUCCUAUACAUCAUACUUGGCUCCUCUAUCGUCAGCAAAACUUCACUAUGAAGUAUCGCAGUGCAGAGAACCUAACAAAGGACCACAGGUGUGCAUGCAUGUAUAUAGAAAAUGCAAUAGACCUUAUGCAUAAUGACGUCACAAGGCUUGAUGCCCGCGAGGAAUGCUGGUCUUAGUAGUCUUCUAAAUGGCCACUAUCGGAAAUUUUCCCGGUCAAUGACUACUAAGACCAGUACUCCUCGCGGGCAUUAAAAGUUGUGACGUCAUUGUGCAUAAGGUCUAUUCACAGGCACACAGAAAACUUACAACUAUACAUAUAUUUAUUUCAGGCACCGUUUGAGACACCAUACGUUGUUAGAUUAUGCAAUGUUGACAUCGUAGCCGAACCAAAACCUUGUUUUCAUUUUUCACAUCCUAAUAAAGGUAAGACCUGGGAUGGAUUUACUGGGGGGUGGGCACCCCCCCCCCCUAGCCCUAGCCAGAGGGGGUGCAGGGGGGGUGCUAUUUUUCAUGUUAAAGCAAAAAAUUAUUAGAGACAAAAUGAGAUACAGUAAUUUGAGUAAUAACAAGAUGAUAAGCGAACUGUGAACAACAAUUACAAUUCAAACACUGUAGUCAAGCAAGACUUUGCAGCAGUGAAGUAAGUUGAUGUGCGGACGGCACACAUGACCGACACAACUCGGCACCAAACUGGGUAAGACGUAGGUUGGGUAUUUAUUUUUGGGUGGCCCUAGUUCAAUUAGGCCCGCCCCAAUAUAGAGCCUGCUCAUAGGCUAUGACCUAGGAACGAAGGAGCCACUUGCCUUUUGCCUUCAGCCAGGGCGCUAUAAAACACGGGCGGUGAAACGCGCUAAUAAAUGGCCGUGCUACGUGUGAUGCACAUUAGGAUUGGCGCGAGCGCGCUUUCUCUAAAAAAAAUCAGAAAAUCGCGUACAAGAUGGCAACAAAAAAAUGUAAACAAGCAAACGAGAAAACAAAGGAUUUAAAUGCUAAGUAAUUAUGUUUCGUUAAUUAAAAUUUGAAAUAUUAUUUAAUAAGUUAUAUCACAUGUAAUAGCUUGUGUUGUUUGUUACUGAACACUCGUUGAAAGAAAAUAUCAGGGCAAAAAUUUUACUCGAGCGAUGAAAAUAUUUGCAAAAUUUAAAGCGCAGACGUAUUUAAUUAAAAUAAUGGUUUCUCCUUGUUGAGAUAGGUUGAGAUAAAUGUGAACACACCAAACUAUAGACAUUUAACUUGGCUUUAUCUCUCAAGUAAAAUUGAACGGGGCUUUUUUGUGCUUUUUUCAUAAAACGGAGAUAUCUUGCAGCCUUUUAUAUAUAGUUUUCCGUAUACUCCGCACAACAAUAGAUUCGCGACUACUACACUUACUUAUGCAGAUAAUACGAUAUUUAAACAGCACAAAUUUUCAAUUAUCAUUUGAACGAAAUCACUUCCUGCCUCAAAUACAUACUAUAAAAGUUUAGUGAAGUAUCUAGUAUCAGCUUAUAUAGUUAAAAUUACUAUCUAUUUCACAUGCAAAAUGAACGAAGCGAUUGUUGAGGAAAAGACAUGCAUUUUGAACUCGAUUUUGACGACAUUUUUUCUUUUUUGACAAAGCGCGGACGUAUUUAAAAUAGUGUUUUCUCCUCGUUGAGAUAGGUUGAGAUAAAUUUGAACACACCAAACUAUAGACAUUUAACUUGGCUUUAUGUCUCAAGUAAAAUUGAACGGUGCUUUUUUGUGCUUUUUUCAUAAAACGGAGAUAUCUUGCAGCCUUUAUAGUUUUCCGUAACACUGUCACUGCAAUGUCAACGACUGCAGUCACACGAAAAAAAUUCACGCUGAAUAUUUUUGGAGUGUCGGCGGCAGUUAUACCAAUAAUAGAAAUCAAAUCAGUUAGUUAAAAACAUUUUACAAUGAACUUUCAAUGGAUUCUGAGCAGGCCGGCUGGUCAACACAAAAACGGUUAUAUAUUUAAGUUUUCAAAUUGUCGAGCAAAUUGUUCAGUAGUUGUUUUUUUUCAAAUUGUAGUUGUUUUAAAUGCAUGCAUGGUCAAUUUUGGGCUAUAUGAUUAUUGAAAAAUAGUAGCCAAGCAAUGUCAGAAUAUUCUUAUACUGUGAAAAUGUUUAUCCUACCUUCGUAUUAUGAAGUAAAAUAUCCCAUUUCAUACCAAAAUUUUCGUAUUUGGAAUAUGCCCACAUUCGAUCAGCUCGAUCCUUUUCAAAUUUUUAUUUCGCUCAUGAUGAAUCUUUAAAGCCCUUUUUUCCUUCAUCAGAUAUACAGAAAAUGAAUCCAACAAUGUCUUCAAAUCAUCAAGUUGUUUAGGAAUGCAGAAAACAUUUUUUACUUUAGUUUUUUCAGCUCUUUUUUGCAUAAACAUUCCAAUUCCAUUUUUAUUGACAUUAUAUUAAAAUUAAUGUAUACGGGGGGUACGCGCAUCACACAAAGAUCAGGGGCGCUAUCUCCGUUUCACCGCCCUUGUUUUAUAGCGCCCUGCUUCAGCGUAUGAUUAUCAGCUUCAAUGUUUAUCACUUUUCCGAAAGAAUGUUAAACGCCAAAGUGAUAAAUUUCAUGUGUCCAACGCAAAAUGUAGGCGUAUUGGAAAGAUCCUUUCGCAGGAUAAAUCUCGCAUUGCCUGCGACCUUUUCUGAAGCAAACAUGGAUCUACUGAAAUAGAAGACUUGGUGAUUAGCUGGCAUAAACGCAGUCUACCCCCCCCCCCCACCGUAACACUAAUUUAAGAUAGCACAGCGGUACAAAAUCCGCUCAAUCUUUGUAAUUUUUACUUUCUAGACGUGCCCAUUGACAACAGCCGCUCCACUGCAAUCGAUUUUGAUAUUCAAAAUACAUGUCUAAUUCAUGGCUUUGCUGGUUUCUUCCGAACUGUUUUGUAUAAAGAAUUGUGUUUAAGUAAGUUACGCGUACAGUAACAAUACAUGCUACAUGGUUAAAUAAUUCAUUGUAGGAAUACAACAGAAUUGUGAGUUAUGUACAAGGUUAAUUAGAUGAUAAAAAAUGGAAACUAUCAACGCAGCUAAGAAUUUGCUGGUUGGAAACGUUCGUUUCCUUCAUUGGUCGUUACUUGCAUGUAAUACUGUAGUAAAGGCUGGUAUUCACUAUCAAAGUUUCUGUGAUCACAGUAGGAAUUUUUGCACGGGUAAAUUGAAAGUUUUGGAGGAUUUGUAAGAACUGUUUGAUGGAGCUGACUCAGUGUUUGUUUGAGGAAAUUGACUCGGUGUUUAAAGGCCUGAUUCAACGGGCGCUUUUUCUCGGCGAAAUGCGAAAUAUUUCGCCUGUUUCUUUUGAAUUGCGACCACUCGAAUAAAUUAUUUCUACUUGAUUGCCAACAAUUCAAAAGAAACAGGCGAAAUAUUUCGCAUUUCGCCGAGAAAAAGCGCCCGUGGAAUCAGGCCUUAAUACUGAGUCAGUUCCCUCAAACAAUUCUUACCAAUCCUUCAAAACUUAGAAUUUACCUAUGCAAAAUUUCUACUGUGAUUACAGAAACUCUGAUAGUGUAAGCCACCAGCCUUAAGACGUAAAAUGCGAAAGACCUGAAAUGUGAUCUGUGUUUGUUUGAAGGUAUUGUUCCCGCUGAUCAUUCAGACGGCAUGUUUAGCUGGUUUCCUAUAUUCUUCCCAGUUCAGGUAAGCGACAUACUGUACACGGCAAAAAACGCCGAGACCGUUGCUCAACAGGACUGAACAAUGUUUUGCUGCCCACGUUGUUCACACUUGUCAACAAUAUUGAACAAUGUUGUUGAGCCUGAAUCGGGUGUAACAAUAUUGUUCAAUGUUGUUGACAGCUAUGAACAAUGUGGGCAGCAAAACAUUGUUCAAUCCUGUUUUCAUCAGUAUUACAUCAACCCGAGCAUUUUUUGCCGUGUAGACGACUUUGAGUUUAUGCGAGUCUAUAUGGGGCAAUCGUCAGAGAAAGCGCCUUUCACCUCCGAGAUCGCGGGUUCGACUCUCACUACAGGCUCAUGACACUCGUGUGAAAAGAGUCAACGCUCCACCGAAAGUCGUAGGUUUUCUCCGGGCGCUCCGGUUUCCUCCCACAGGGAAUGUUGACAGGGUGGGUUGGGAUUAGCCCACUAUCUGACCCUUCCAUCGUAGCGGUGUUUCGUGAUCAGACAUGAGUCACAAGGUGGCUGCCAGAGACGCCCUUAGAAAAAUCAUUCAACUCAUGCAGGUUGACCGUGCGUCCUUCGCAAUUCAGCUUAGCUCUCAGCUGCAAGCUAGGAAGGAUGAUUAGCACACCCGCACUUACCUAUAAAUAUAAACCUGCUUGCUUUGCUUAAACCAUGGAUAAUAAAAUACAUGGAUAGGAAACUAGCUGACGUGACCUAAUGUUUUCAAUGGGAUGAUGGCGUUGAAACCUAGUUGCAAACCAAAUUCUCAAAAACGGCAUGUUUAGCGAUAAUACAGCUAAACGUUUUAGUCAAAGAGCAAAUAAAUAUAACUAGGCAAUUCUACGAUGAAAUCUCUAAGUAUUCCCGGUCAAUUUUAGCAAAUAUUUCAAGCACUAAACAGUGAAAAAUGCAUCGCAAAUUUCGUAAAAAUUGGCGACGCCAAUUUCGUAGCUACAAAUGUAAAAAAAUACAAAACAAAGACGAAAAACAUUUACCUUGAAUACUUUGUCGUGGCUUGGGCAUGUUUUUAAAACAAUUAAACCAGUUUAUGCUUCAAUAUUACUCUUUUAAAGCGGAAAAUAUAGCAAAACAACAAAAAUGCUGAGAACUUUGGCAAUACACGUGACGUCACAGAUUGCAACUAGGUUUAGACUGUGACGUCAGGAAGUUUCCUAUCCAGUUAUUUUACAAUCCAUGCUUAAACGAAUUAGUAUUUAAAACGAAAUCAUUACUAUGAUAUUAAGACUAUGCAUUUGGCUGAUGAAUCAUUAAUGAUUUAAUGGAAGAAAAUUCUUAGAAAAAAAUUUUUCUCUUUGAUUUAAUCAUUCAAAGUAUUCUGCAUAUUUUUAUUCCAGCAUCCUAUAUACCUGACAGAAAGCUCUACGCUUCGCGUUCACUGUUGGCGUAAGGUAUCCCGAACGAAGAUCUGGUACGAAUGGUGCAUCUCUAAACCACACCCAAUCCCCAUACACAAUCCCUCCGGACGAUCUACUUUUAUAGGACUGUAACAGAGAACACCCUCUCCCUCAUGGACAGAGAGCUCAUUGGAAGAACAAGACCGCCAAGUUGUAGAAUCGUGGAAAAAAGUGACACGUACUCGAAACCGCACAACUAUAAAAAUGCUCUGGAAGCGAAGUUUACUGGAAGUGUUCCUAUUCAAAGUAUCCUUCAUUCUUCUCUUGCGUUAGAAAAAUACAGUGCAACGUUGCACUUCUGUUAUUUUUUAAGCACGUGUACAGUGGCAGAUAGACUGUAAUUUAUUGACUCUCAAUUUCAUUUUCCCAUGACAGUUGGAAAGUCUUUUAUUCGAAUGUUAGUUGUCAGCAACAAUUCUAGCCAACUGUCCGAUGUCGGUAUGAGCAAAUGUUUGUAUCGCUAAUCUUAACCCAUAGUUUUAUUGUUAUUAUUAAUAUAACUCUCCAUUUACAUGUAAAACAACUGCUAUCAAUAACAAAAUAUAAAACCCAAACUAUAUAUCUAUCUACCAAUAAAAUAAUAAAGAUUGGAUCCCAUUCCACUAAGCGAUAGAUCGCAAUUUUGA